AUCCAAACUAAAAUGCCAAACAGAUUGGUUGUGUUUACAUGUGUUUACACGCAUUAGAAGACAGUGGAUCAACUGACCUGUAGAGUGGGAUCAUGUGACAGAAUGGAGGCGUCACUGAAAACAUUCACCCGUUCACCACACACACACCGCAAGGAACCCGUUUCACAAUAAACGGAUAAGACAAGCUUUCCUGAUCAACUCCAUUUGUAACGUUUAUUUCCGCAAAUCGCAAUGAAAUGAGGGGAGCAUGGGGGCCAAGGAGUCGAGGAUAGGAUUCCUGUCGUAUGACGAGGCUGUCAAGAGAGUUACUGAUGUGGAGCUAAAGCGGCUGAAAGAUGCCUUCAAGAGAACCAGCGGCCUCUCAUAUUACAUGAGCCAGCAGUGCUUCUACAGGGAAGUGCUCGGAGAUGGAGUUCCCCCUAAAGUUGCAGAGGUGAUCUACACCUCAUUUGGAGGCUCGUCUAAAGGGCUGCACUUUAACAAUCUGAUCGUGGGUUUGGUGCUUCUGACCAGGGGCAGAGAUGAGGAGAAAGCCAAGUAUCUCUUCAGCCUGUUUGCCAGUGAUUUGGGUGGUCAUGCUGCCAGGGAAGAUAUAGAAGCAGUUCUGCAGGUCCUGGAUGGAGAAAUCCCAGCUUCCCUUAAGAAGUGCUUCAUCGAGAGCGACAAGGUAAACUACGAGCGCUUCAGGAACUGGCUCCUACAGAACAAGGAGGCCUUCACUUUGUCCCGGUGGCUUCUGUCUGGAGGAGUGUGUGUCACACUAACAGAUGACAGCGACACGCCCACUUUCUACCAGACUCUGGCUGGUGUCACACACUUGGAGGAGUCUGAUAUUAUAGACUUGGAGAAGCGUUACUGGCUGCUGAAAGCCCAGUCCAGAACAGGUCGCUUUGACUUGGAAACCUUUGUCCCGCUGGUCUCUCCUCCCAUCCAUGCCUCGCUGAGUGAAGGCUUGUUUCACGCCUUUGACGAAAAUCGAGACAAUCACAUUGACUUUAAAGAGAUCUCUUGUGGACUGUCUGCGUGCUGUAGGGGGCCCAUCGCUGAAAGGCAGAAAUUUUGCUUCAAAGUGUUUGAUGUGGACCGUGAUGGGGUUCUGUCUCGAGAUGAACUCCAUGAAAUGGUUGUGGCUUUGCUGGAGGUGUGGAAGGACAAUCGUACAGACACACUCCCUGAGCUGCACAGUAGUGUAUCGGAGAUAGUGGAGGGAAUUCUAAAGAUGCACGAUACAACCAAGAUGGGCCACCUGACCCUUGAGGACUACCAGAUCUGGAGUGUGAAGAGCGCCUUAGCCAAUGAAUUCUUAAACCUGCUCUUCCAGGUUUGCCACAUAGUCCUCGGGCUCAGGCCUGCCACUCCCGGAGAGGAAGGGCAAAUCAUCAGGGGUUGGUUAGAGAGGGAGAGCAGACAUGGGCUGCAGCAAGGCCAGAACUGGUUCCUCAUCUCCAUGCUGUGGUGGCAGCAAUGGAAAGACUAUGUCAAAUAUGGCAGUCCCUGUUGUCUUCCUGUUCAGGAGCAUAAGGGCAUCGUGGUGGAACAGCCGUCCAUCCUGAGCUCCUUCAGGACCCCGAUGGCCACGGCCACCGUGGAGCCCGCACCACCUGACAGACUUGGAGGAUUGGGUACCGCAGGCCCCAUCAGCCCUUCUGAGGAGAGGUCACCCGAUGCUGUGUCCAGCGCCUCAGAGGCUACAGAAACUGCUCUGAGUCCCCAGGUAGCUCCCUCAGCCACAGAAAGCUGUUUUGCCCGUCAGCACAAUGUAUCGGACAACAACAAUCAGUGUUUUUCUGGAGCCAAUGGCCACCUCCCCUCCCAGCUGGCAGCACAAAGGCCUGGAGCCAUCGACAACCAACCUCUGGUCAACACCGACCCCAUGAAGGCCCCUACAUUAACCAUGGAGGGUGGAAGGCUGAAGCGUUCUCUGCAGCUGGUGCCUGGUAGAGACUUUGAGACGGUGCCAGAGCCAGUGUGGCGGGCACUGUACCACUGGUACGGCGCUAACGUCAGCCUGCCACGACCGGUAAUCCUGCAAAGCAAGACAGGCCAAGCCGAGCUGGAGCUCUUCCCCCGCUACCUCCUCUUCCUCCGCCAGCAGCCGGCCACACGCUCCCCGCAGUCCAACAUCUGGGUCAAUAUGGGUAUGACCAGCCUGCGAAUGUUUCCACCGCAUUUACCCCCACCGAGAGCAGGUAAUGUGCCAUCCCCCAACGCUCCUCUGAAGAGGAUGCUGGCUUACACUGGCUGCUUCAGCCGCAUGGCCACUAUCAAGGACAUCCACGUCUACCUGUCUCAGAGGCUCCGCAUCAAGGAGGAGGACAUGAGGCUGUGGCUCUACAACAGUGAGAACUACCUCACCCUUCUUGAUGAUGAAGACCACACACUGGAAAGCCUGAAGAUCCAGGAUGAGCAGCAGCUGGUUAUUGAGGUCAGGAACAAAGACAUGAGCUGGCCUGAAGAAAUGUCUUUCAUCGCCAACAGUAGUAAAAUGGACAGACACAAAGUUCCUACAGAAAAAGGCGCCACUGGUCUCAGUAACCUUGGCAACACCUGCUUCAUGAACUCCAGCAUCCAGUGUGUGAGCAACACCAAACCCCUGACGGACUACUUCAUCUCAGGGAGACAUCUCUACGAGCUCAACAGAAUCAACCCCAUCGGGAUGAGAGGUCACAUGGCCAAGUGUUACGGUGAUCUGGUGAUGGAGCUGUGGAGCGGGACACAGAAGAACGUGGCUCCGCUCAAACUGAGGUGGACAAUAGCGAAGUAUGCCCCACGCUUCAACGGCUUCCAGCAGCAGGACUCCCAGGAGCUGCUGGCCUUCCUCCUGGAUGGCCUCCAUGAAGACCUGAACAGAGUCCACGAGAAACCUUAUGUGGAGCUGAAGGACAGUGAUAACCGGCCUGACUGGGAGGUGGCCUCUGAGGCAUGGGAGAACCACCUGCGCCGGAACCGCUCCAUCGUGGUGGAUCUGUUCCAUGGUCAGCUCAAAUCCCAGGUAAAGUGUAAGACCUGCGGCCACAUCAGUGCUCGCUUCGACCCCUUCAACUUCUUGUCUUUGCCCCUUCCCAUGGACAGCUCCAUGCAUUUGGAGAUCACCGUUAUUAAGCUGGACGGCUCCACACCUGUGCGCUACGGCCUCAGACUGAACAUGGAUGAGAAGUACACGGGGCUGAAGAAACAGCUGAGUGAGCUGUGCAGCCUGAAGCCUGAGCAGAUCCUGCUGGCUGAGGUCCACACUUCCAACAUCAAGAACUUCCCUCAGGACAACCAGAAGGUCCGUCUGUCUGCCAACGGAUUUCUCUGUGCCUUUGAGGUCCCGGUACCUGGUUCACCAACAUCACUGAGCUCGCCCACGUUGACAGACAUCACCCCAACAGCCAACGGAUCUGCUGCUAAUGGCCAUGUGGGCAUUAAACCUGACCUGAUCCCUAACGGUGGGCCCGGCAGCAUGGUGCCCUGCAACCCAGAGACACCCCUGGCCAACGGGGUUGCCAACGGACAUAUCACACCAGUUCAGGAGAGCCCUUUUAUUGGAUACAUCAUCGCCAUGCACAGGAAGAUGAUGCGGACGGAGUUGUACUUCCUGUCAUCUCAGAAGAACCGGCCCAGCUUGUUUGGAAUGCCGCUUAUUGUUCCCUGUACUGUUCACACCAGUAAGAAGGACCUGUACGAUGCAGUGUGGAUCCAGGUGUCCCGGCUCGCCAGCCCACUGCCCCCACAGGAGGCCAGCAACCACGCCCAGGACUGUGACGACAGCCUGGGUUACCAGUACCCCUUCACUUUACGGGUUGUUGGGAAGGAUGGAAACUCGUGUGCCUGGUGUCCCUGGUACAGGUUCUGCAGAGGCUGUACCAUCGAGUGCACCGAGGACAGAGCUUCAGUAGGAAAUGCAUUUAUAGCUGUGGACUGGGACCCCACCGCCCUGCACCUCCGCUACCAGACCUCACAGGAGAGGAUUGUGGAGGAGCACUGCAGUGUGGAGCAGUCCCGUCGAGCUCAGGCUGAGCCCAUCAGCUUGGACAGCUGUCUGAAGGCCUUCACCACCGAGGAGGAGCUGGGAGAGGACGAGCUGUACUACUGCUCCAAGUGCAAGACCCACAGGCUGGCAACCAAGAAGUUGGAUCUCUGGAGGCUGCCACCCAUUCUGAUUGUUCACCUGAAGCGCUUCCAGUUCGUCAACGGUCGCUGGAUCAAGUCUCAGAAGAUUGUGAAGUUUCCUCGGGAGAGCUUUGACCCCAGCGCCUUCCUGGCUCCCAGAGACCUGGCGCAGCACUGCCUCUACUCUCGCAGCGAGAGCGAGGACCUGCUGAGGGUUGGAGAAGACAACCUGUCCUCCAUCUCUGCUCCAGCUGGCUUCUGCAACCUCCCCAAAGCCUCACCUGCAUCCAGCAGGAGAUCAGCACCAUCUCUCAGCCGGACCAGUAGCCCCUCUGGCAGCCCCAAGACUGGUGGCCGUAGACCCGGCCGGCUACGUCUCCCCCAGCUUGGUAGCAAGCAUCGGCUCUCCAACAGCAAGGAGAACCUGGAUGGAGCUGCUAAUCCAGAAACUGAGUCCCGGGACAGUGGAUCACAGGUAGAGGUGGAGGGAGUGGAUCCUGGAUCAGGAGACCUGAUGGCGUCAGAGUCGUCCUGCGGUACCGAGGCAUCCAGCAGCCACUGCGACGUGGUCCUGAUGAAUGGAGACAGCAAUGGGCUGGGCUCAGACUGCAGCAUAGAGAGCAGCAUGGACCCCGACAUGUCUCUGCUGCAGCACAGAGACAACAUGUGUCUGGAUGCCAUCUACAACCUCUAUGCAAUAUCAUGUCAUUCGGGAAUCAUGGGAGGCGGCCACUAUGUGACAUAUGCCAAAAAUCCCAACAGGAAGUGGUACUGUUACAACGACAGCAGCUGUAAGGAAGUUCACUCUGAGGAAAUUGACACAGACUCUGCCUACAUCCUCUUCUACGAGCAGCAGGGGGUCGACUACUCCCAGUUCCUCCCAAAGAUCGAUGGCAAAAAGAUGGCUGACACCAGUAGCAUGGACGAGGACUUCGAGUCGGACUAUAAGAAGUACUGCGUCCUCCAGUGAGGUCUCCACGUCUUCCAUCAUCCCCCCCCACCGCUCGCCGCUUCCAGCCCGCCUCUUUGAGCGGGAAGCGCCGGACGUCCGGAGGAAGCUCCUGAACUGCUCAUGGCUGCAGUGUGCAGCGCUCCUUGUCUUUAGAGAUGCAUCGCAGCACUUCUUGAUUAGUGAAAAGGUUUUCCAACAGAGCAGCCCCCCCCCCAGUGAAAGCACUAACCUGGUGCACUUUGAGCCCAAUGAAACACCCCCCCCCCCCCCCCCCCCCUUUUUUUUUGUGAAUCUCGCCAUAACAUACAUGUAACAUAUUUGCAUACUAGUGGAUCUGAAUGUCGGCCAUCAUGUUUAUGAUCAGUGAUUGUUUACACCUGAUGUAAACAAAUGCCAGUCAUGUAAACAGCUAACCGGUGUUGAACCUCCAGGACCAGGAUGUUCUGGUAGUGUUUGGUGCCACAGGCCAACAAGAUGAUAAAAUACUGUGACCAUCUUUUUAAGAAUGGAUCCUCCAAAGUUUUUACUAGCGCUCGUGUGUAACUAGGGUUAACAUUAUAUGCUACCUCAUUGUUUCCCUCCAUUUGUCGACCAUCCCAACCUAAAAACACGUGACAGUGUCAACAAUGAAUCAGUUCUUUCCACUUUAAAAAAUAUGGUACAUGAAUUUCAGGACACCCCCCCUAACAAAAUCAGAAAAUCUACAGCCAGAUUCGGCUUUUUUUUUCUUUUUGCCAAAAUGGUUUGAUGCCACAGCUGCCAAACAUCUGGUGAUUGGCCCAACGAGGAGCAGUGUGGGUCGCUUCAGGAACGGUGCCAUGAUUUCAAACCAGUUCGAGUAAAAUAGUUUUCACUUUUUCUUUUCUUUAGGUGUGUUGUUUUAUAAGAUUUAUUUUUCUAAAAAACAGAUAAUGAUAAAUAAAUUAGAAGUGGAAAAAAGCUGAUAUCAGGAGGCUCCUCAGGGCAGGAACGGGGGUCUGACAGACUUCCGUUUGCAGCGACCUUUAACCGCUGCACUUAAUCACUGCUGCUUCAAACUUCUUUAUUCAAUUUUCACACCCUCACUGGGGACAAUUUGGGUGAUAAAUCACCACUUUGUUGUCAUAAAUGCAUUUUAGCAGCAGUUUUAAUGUAAUAUGAGCAAAGAAAAUCAGUUUCUUCCUCCUCAAAGCCACAUCACCCAUAAUGCAACGCUUCCAAUUUGUGUAUAUUGCGAAAAAAUAAACAAAAAAACUCCAGUAUGUAGGAUUACUGGAGAAGUUCUUUAGGAGAGUUUUUAAGCCAGUCUCAGUGUGUUGAACCUGUCAGGCUGAGUACAGAGGCACUAAAGUGUUGAAUCAUUUCAGCUAAACUAGCACAAAACAAACAUUUCAGCUCGCGUGGGGGCGGAGCUUUUAUAAACAUCGUCUCAUUUCAGGUUUGUUUUGGUGAGUCUGCCGUGGAAACUGACUGUAACUGGGAAACCUGCUGCGGGAUCUUUCCUGUCGGUGGACCCAGCGGUUUCAGCUUCUUUUUGUGUCUAAGUUCCAGUUUCAUGUUGGUUCUGACCUCCGGUGGGUCAGCUGAUGUGGCUGCUGAGGUCUUUCACCCAUUACUGCUGCGAGGAGUCUGUCGGCGGAGCGCUUCGUCUGCUUCGUAGCAUCGUUUGUGGAGCUUUUCCCAGCAGGACGGGCUCAGUCGAAUCACUGUGAACAGAAAGCAGAUGAUCCCCCACCUCCCAACAUGCCCCCCCCACACCUUUUAGCUGCUGUAUUAGUGAGGACAAGGCCUCAUGUGGAUGUAUUUGGAGUGGUUUCUAUCAUUGAAUGAUGUUUGAUUUUCUUUUUCCUGCGAGGAGUGUGUUUGUUGAACAAAUGGAGACAUGCAGAUGAGUGAUAUUUAUGUUUGCUUUAUUCUUUUCCUCCUCUUUUUGCACCGAGCUUUACACAGAGUCUGGUUUGCAUCAGUGUUGGGAACAUCAUUAGGAGGCUGAAAGGGAAGAUUAAAGUCCUGAUUUGUCUCUCGAGUUUGUAUCGUUGGCUUCGGUUUAAGGUGCAAUAGAUGUUGAGAUGUCCUGGGUGUGAAUGUGCCCGUCAGUGACCUGUAGCUUCAAAUCCUACUCUUUUAAUUAAACGGGGGUUUAUUUCAGCACAGCGUUCAGGAACAAAGAACUUCUGCCCAACAGAACUGAACUGGGAGCUGAAAACGGGCAAACUCUGAUCCAGUAAAAAAAAAAACCUCCAGAUCAGAGGAAGACUUCAGCACCGAUCGACUACUGAGCUGGCUGUCUGUGUUCGUAGCCUCUUUUUAUUUAACUGUCACAUCUUAACCACACGUGUUAAUUUAAGAACUUUUUUGUAAGGUGUUUGUUGACAGGAAGUGACAUUGCACUGACAUGAAAACAUGUACAUAAGUUGUUUUGUAAAUAAGCCAAUGAAGACUGUAUUUGAAUAUGAACUGUACAAAAUACUGUACUUGUAGUUGUAUAUGGAGUGAUAUUGUUGAUCUGUAACAAAAAUACUCAAGCAACAAAUUAAAUUCUGCAGAGAAAAAU